GUCAGAGUAUCUUACACACGGAUCAUAUCGAGAUCUUCCACUGUGCCCCACUUUGCCCCGCCACCUAAUUUCAUCCGUCGGCACUUGCCGUUUUUCUCCUGGUUUGAUUUUCCCUCCAAGAAGGGAGACCAUCGUUUUCCACCAGCAGCGAUUUCAUUCUGAAGCACCGGAUUUCGAGACCCACACCAAGCGGAAUUCUGAGAUACUCCUUUCAGCACCUUUAAUACCUUCACUCGGGUCAGCGACAUGGAGAAGGGUAUCGAUGAGCUGAUCGAGUGGCUUCUCGACGAGAUUGCCUUCUCGGGACUUGAAGGAUUUUCGGCUCUUCACCUGGUGAAAGCAGUUAAGGCUUUCUACAAUUGUAGCGUUGAUUCAAGCGAAGGUGACAGUGAUGAGACCCUUGCCAGUGUUCCUGACUGGAACACGGUGUUGCGACAGGAGGUUGAUGAACAGGACUUUCAACAUGCUUCGACAGUCUGGAAGUGGCUAGCGUCCAGGAAUGAUGUUUCUGUCGGACCUAAUAGGCAGUUCAACUGCUUGUCACUAGAGGAGGUGUUGGCAAUUCCAGAAAAGGAAGAUAAAGAAGUUGGAACUGCAGCGGUGACUUCGGAUCAGCCUCCUCCGACAACAGCCCACGGAGUUCAGUCACCAAAAUCAAGAAAAUCCAAGAAUUCUUCCAAUAUCAGGCCGAGUCUUUACCUUUCAGAAGAACGGCUAUGGAAUGCCCUUGCUGGCCACAGGCCUGAUCUGAAACGAAUCCCGCAAUUCGAAUGGAGGGCCCUGGUUGCUAUUGCGUCUGUCAAGGGAAAGGGGAUUCUGCAGGGAGACUUAGUCAGAUUGACUGGGCAGGACAAACGAUCUCUACCUACUCGGACCGAUGCUCUCGCCAAGAAGGGUUACAUCAUCAAGCAACCUGCCAUGCUUCGAGGAUGUCGAACUAGCAAGCUAUGGUUGGCCCGUUUUGCGGGAAAUGCAGAAGCAGAGUCCAGUCGCGAAGGACUUCCCAUCGACGAACUAGAUCUGUCUCCAGAGACAUUGACGAAGGAUGGCCUGAAGCCCGUUCCCUUCAGUCACUACUAUACGGGGGAGAAAGAGAAUGUCGACUACCUUGCCAUGGGUCAGGCUUUUGUUGCCGUGGCCAAGGCCUUUGGGAUCAUGAGAUACUGCGAUCUGCGCGUUAAAAUGGGUGUUGCCGAACUAAAUCCCCAGAUGCGAGCCCUCGCCAAUUCGUCGCGAUGGUUCGCCCAUAUCAAGGUGAUCAAGUUCACUGCAGGACAGUUUCCAGGAUCUGCUAAAGUCUUCCAAGACUGCAUCGAGUUCCUUCGCGAUCCCACAAGCGACGAAUGGAGAAGCUUUCGUACGACGCCCAAAACCCGCAUGUCAGUCCCGUCCACUCGUCGGGGAAAACAGGGGGCAUCACAAGUAGAGCCUACCAAUGCCCUGACGAGUAAAGUACCGAGAGGCUACACCAAACGAAAGCGAGAACUAGCUCUGCUGGCAACCCUUCCGGGCCCAGAGCUAAUCAAGUUCUCAGCUUGGACACCAUACAAGCCGAUACAGAACACUCUGUUUGACAUCAUUAAACGCAGCGGCAAGGAAGGCACAUCGAACGUUGAAGUCCAACUGUUCACGGCGGGCCACCCAUAUAGGAAGUGGGUGGCUGCUCUGAUGUCGGCAAUAUCUCGUCCUCAUCCCGCAAAUCCGCCAGCGUUCUCUGUGACUUCACAACUAACCCGCAUCGGCAAGACCAUGACCUACCAGUACUUUACUAGUGAUCUUGUCAAUAAUGCUGAUAACACACGAGUACAGGAAAUUACUGAAAAUAAUGAGACGGAGACCACCGAGAAACAAAGCGAAGUCUCAUCAGAACAGAAGACUAGUGAGAAUAAUCAGAUGGAGACAGUUGAGCAGGAAGGGGAAGUCUCGUCAGAGCAAAGUAACCUAAAUGGCAUUGUUACUUAUGGCUUUCAACGGCCAACUUCCACCAAAUUUCUCGCAAGCGGUGCAACCUCACUUGCACAAAUUGUGCAAGGCAAACAAUCAGGGAAGCCAAUACGGCGACUCGUCAAUACUGGACAUGCCCUUGGUCGAACAAGCACAGAAUAUUCUGGCCAAACGCCACGCCGUCGUGGUCGACCACGGAAGUCAGUUCAAGUCGAGGAACCCGCCGGUGACUCUCUCAUUACCGCAGAAGAUCUUCCUCAAUCCCUUGAUAACCAGCAGACCCCUGACACCCGAAGACGUCUUCGUCGGCCACACCAAGACUCUGUGGCUGACGAAUUUUCUCAGUUGGUUGAUGAAGAGUCUCGAUCUCUUAAUGAACAACCUUCUGCUGUGUCAAGGCUCCGUCGCGGGCGCCCGCGCAAGCAGUUUUUGAUUGAUGAGCCGUCGGAUUAUUCCGAAGAACCUAUGCAACCAUCAGAUGAACGACCAUCAACUACCACAACGCGCCGCCGUGGUCGACCACCCAAGAAGUCGUUGGUGGAUGAGCCAUCAGACUGUUUGGAUGAAGCCCCAAAACCUUCAGCUGACCAAACAUCAACUGCUGGGCCACGCAAACACAUUUUGGAUGAGGUGCUCAAUCCGGUGCAAGAACCACGUCCACGGGGCCGACCACCCAAGCGGACUAGAAUGGAAGAUACAGCCGCGGCAGAUACAGAAGAAUGGCAUCCACGCGGUAACAUCUCCCUCGCAAAGUAUUAUGAGUCGAAGAAAACAAAAGUGGCAAUCUCCAUUGGACCAGAAGAAUUGACCGUGGAGGAAAGCUGUCAAGCCUGGAGUCGAGGGCUGUCAGGCGUUUACUAUGGAUAUCCAAGUUCCAUUGGUCCCAAAUCUCGAGGGCGGCAAAAGGAAUCGCUUGUGAUGCAGUUUAGAUUUCCGGCUUUGAGAAACCCUGACUUCUUGGGCCGCAGUCCUGGCGACCCUGCAUCAAGUGCUAAUACGACUGCCCCUGAGGUAACUGCUUCAGUCAGUCCAGACACCAAUGGAGAAGAUACAUCCGCAACCCAGAUGGAUAACCUCAACACUGUCAGUGAGAACGGCUCGAAGGUUCCCGACGGGAAGGAAGUAGACGAAGAUGACGACGAACCAGAUGGUGGGACGUCUCGAGUCAAUAUCGGCAGACCAAAAAAUUGCGCGAAGCGUGGGCGCAAGACAGCAGCAAAUGGUGGCAAGCCAUUCAAAUGCGACAAGUGCGGUGGCACCUGGAAGAAUAUCAACGGUCUGGAGUACCACCAACAGAAAUCCAAGACUCCAUGCAAUCCUGACUAUGUUGCGCUCCCGCCAAAACCAGUCUGUCGACCAGGAGUUCAAACAAAGAGUACUAGAGAAUUGGAGUCAGAUGAAGCCACAGACACAGACGAACAUGGAACAGUGUCGCUAUCUGGAUCGAGUCGAAAUGCCAAAUCGAAGCAGAUGAAGGUAAAGGCGGAGAGGACUAGAGUCAAACGCAUGCAGACCGAGCUGCCAACCAGGCGGCCCAGUUUAGCCUUCGCGCCUAGUCCUUCGCCGACAGAACGCACAAGCAUACGCCCACCAUUCCGUAAUUCUGCUCUGCUUGGAAAUAUGACAGUUUUUGAGCCAAUCCGACUGGAUAAGGAACUUGGCCGUCCUCCAGCAGCCAAGCAUGGUACGCCGACGCCAAUAUUCCAGAGUUCCGAUGAGAGAUCACAAAGGCAGUCAAAUUCACCGCUGAAAAUGGCUUCUCUUCUGGAUACCCCACGAUCUAUACAGAAAGCAAUAGAUGGUACUAGUAUUGGGUCGUCAGCACAGAAACCGGUGAACGGAAUUGACAACAGGAAAUCAUCAGCAAAACAUUCAGUACAUGUAAAUGAUAACAGGGAGCCAUCAUCAGACAAAUUGACGAAGGUGACUGGUGGCAUGAAUACCUCGGCAAUUGAUGUGGACCAAGCAGAAUCUGGGCCAAAUACACUGUGCACUUCUGCACCACUGAAUCACGAUACUCCCUCUCCGUCAAAGGCCGCCAUUGUGCCGUCUUCUAACCAGUCCCAAGAACUACAAGGCGAAAUUGCUUCCCUUUCGGACCCCAACAAGAGCAAAUCGGGAGUUGCUCCAUUGCAACACGCCCGAUCGCUCAAGGGUACUUCAAAGACGCCCGCAGCACAGCGACGCGAACGAACAGCUGACAUCGUGCUGGAACUCAUGGAGAGAAAUAGUGGAGUAUUUCCAGGGGAUCGUUCUCUAUACCUUAUGAUUGCGUCCAUCUGGGCUCAGAAGUUUCACGAUAUAGGCCCGCCAGAUUGGAGGACACACCAGAAUAUCAUCAAGAAGUUGGCAGAGGCCCAGAUCAUCAAGCAGGAGUUCUUUGGUUUCUUUGACUCCAGUGGUAAAACCAAGUUUUUAUCAAUGAUCUACAAAGUCUACCCUGACGAUGUCGAGAGCAAUCAUACAGAAAUCAUCGAGGUGAGAAACCAAGUCAGGGACAAGAUCAAAGAACUUUACCCGGAACCCUACAUACCAGCAGGGUUUGAACUCUCACAUAAGGAAUCAGAGUUGUUCGAUGCUGUUGCAUUGAAGUACCGGGAAACAUCUCCACCUGCAGAUGGCAUAACACAGAACAAGGCACGAGAAGUCGCGGUGCUGAGGUAUAACGUCCCUAUGGACAAAUACGGCAGGUUGAAACGACCACUCGUAACCGAAGAUCAAGACGAAAACCACCUACCCAAACGGACGAAACGAGAAACUAUUGCGUCAAAUGACACAGCUACACCCACGACCAACAAGAAAGGAGAGCGGGCUCGGAAAUCCCAAAACAAGCUGCAGGAGUGUCACGAUGACAGCAAAAUGGCAAAGUUUAUCUGGAGUCGCAAGCAUGGCCAAUGGCAACAAUCCUUGUCCUGUCUUCAGAAUCCAAACACGGGCGCUUGGUCACAUGUACCGGGCAAGUUUGGCGCUGGUAAUAUUGACAACUUUAUCGCGUCGGUUAAGCAGGUUUUCGGAUGUAAACCCGUGAAACGCCGCAGGCGCAAGAGACAGAACACCAAGGACGUUGAAAGUGAACCGGCAAACGGUGACACCGUUGUCCCAGCUCAACACAAAGUGGGCAAAGCGUCCGUGUCUUGGAACCUUGACGAGUUAGUUCCUGAAGUUCAAAGGGCAAUGGACGCAUCGACGUCUGUCCAGAUCCUGGAACCUUCAACUGCAGCCACAUUUGUACCAUGCGACGUUUCCGAUAAUGACGAUGACGACGACUUCGAUACAGUACCUCAGCAGGCAGACCCCCCCGAAAACGAAGAUCCCACAAAUGACCAGGGUUAUCGCGUGAGGUUCACCCGUAUUCAGAAGAUAUCGGCCAUCGAGGAUGGACUGUGGCCCAUGAAAUAUCCCAAGCCCGUUUUCAGAGUCGACCAAGAUGGAAGUUACACCAUGGAUGGCCACUUCCCGAGUCUUCACUGGUUCUUGAGACAAAACCUGCCCCAAAGUGCUGAGGAAAUGGCGGAGAAGUCCAACCAAAAGCUCCAUGCCGGACGCUGGGCCGACAACCACUUCCGACGCUUUAUGCGCCAGGUCACAGGAAUUGAGACGUGGGAAUUGUCUGCGGAAGGGGUGUACCUUCAAUACCGUGGAACCAUCGCCCCGGACUACAUAUACAUAUCUCUUGGAGCUAAUUCCAGCAUGGUGAGCAUGCAACCCAUGGAGAUUGAGUGGCCAAGCGAUUUUCAGUACACGUCUGAUAUGUUACCGGCGGAUAUCAAAGAUGCUUCGUCAGAUGACGAUCGCAUUCCCUACGAACAUCGACCAGCAGAGAAGAAGCGGAAGACACGGCAUAUUACAACCUAUCCGAGAGCAGCUGUUUACACGACUCGUACGCUUAUGAAGAUACCCACAAACCCCCGAGGACGUUGGAAUAGGCACAGAGCAGUUGGGGACGGAAUGGGACUUGAGGGAGAGAAAGAGAUGAUUGUCGCGUUUGUUGUGCUGAAGCAUCUCAUUGGUGGCGUGGACAAACUUGCAGACUACGGCUUGCUCGUCAAACUAUUCCCCCAGAUGUCUGUGUCGGGCUUGAAGAAGUUCUGGACAAGAGUUUCCAAGGAAAGAAGAAGCUUCAUAGACGCAUUGUCCACGAAAUUUCAGUCCGAAUUUCUCAAGGCGUACGAGAAGGACGAACUGCCAACUAUCAACUACGACGAUCUAGAAAAUUAUGACUGGAAGACGGUUAUAACCUGGGCCUGCAACCUUGAAACCCAUGAGCGGAUUCAGCUUCCUGUCAACUCUGAGGAGUUUCACAAGCGAUACAUGCUUGUGGAUCGCAGAGAUGGUGCGGAAAAUUGGCGGGAGUCCUGGUUCAAGCCUACGUCUUCAGUCUUCUCUCGCAUUGACGCGUCGUCUAGUGAAGCGAUGACGAUGCCUGUGGCUUCUGCAACCGCCACGAACGGGGAGACACAGCUUGCAAGAUCCUGGAUCCGCUCUCUAUGCAACAAUUCGAGGAAGAACACGGUCGGCCAGGAGAUACGCGAUGCUCUGCUACAAUUGAGCCAAAGAGAACCACAAUCCUUGAACGCAUUGCUAGAACGUGUAGUACAGCAGCUCAUGGAUGAAAACGUCGUGAGCAAAGUGCGAGGCAAAGGAUUAGGGCAAGUCUUCAAGCUCAACCAGAACUUCCAGAAGCGCCUUGACGCCAAGUCUCAUGUUGUCAAGUAUGCACGGGCUACUGCCUUCAAGGCUGAAAUGGACGACAAUUUCCGCAAUAACAGAGAAGUCGUCCUGCCAUACAACAUGCCCGAUGGUGAAAGUAUGGCGGUGCUCAACCUGCAUGCAUGCGGAAGAGUCAGGCUGGAAGACGUGGACCUUAGACAUAUUCCUUUCGGCUUUGAGCCAGGCAACUACGAGGGUAGGAUGUACCCCAAAACCUACUACCACUUCUUCGUCCGGGUCGUCCCCACCGAGAGCUACAUAUACGACGACGACCUGCCAAUCUUGGACGAAGCCAAGAUACGAGCAGUUCCCGAGAAGGGCCCUCGUGGAGAAAUACCCAUUUGGUACGAUUUCUUUGGCAACUUGGACAAGGCACGCUGGGCCCAGUAUCUUUGCGCCGUGGCCUUUGUGAUGGCCACAAGGGGUCCCUUGAAAUCGCAGACGGUCGUGAUGCAUCUAAGACCCAUCAUUGAGGAUUUUGAGGCCAAGCUGGUCAUGGACUGGCUUGUCCGACUGGGAUUGCUCCAGGCGGUAGCCGAUGGUCAUGGAUGGAUCGUGGCAGAGUGGUGGUGGUUGGUCGUGGGGAGGAUGUUGGCCUCGCAGUUUUGAGACUUGACUUGGCCAUGGACCUAUGCGGAAUGAUUCAUUCUGCCAGGCGUGGAGCCUGAAGAGGGACAUGGACAAGGCUGCUGCGAAAAUGAAUGUGCGUGCUCUUUCGGGGAGACCUCAACAGCUUUGAAAGUUGAGAUACCCCGGUGUCUGCAUGAAUAGUGUAAAAUCGUAUCUAAUAUCUGCACCACAUUAGUUGACAUGCCUUGCGGUUUGCGCAAACCAUAGAUAGCGCAAUACAUUUACCUU